AUGGUCGAUCCCAAUUUCUACAACUUUUACCAGGGAAUGCACGUCCCCAGUUUCUUCUACACUCCGGAGUCUCUGAAGCACUGGGAGGACUUCACGUUUCGCCCGGAUGAUGUUAUUGUAGCAACGUACCCCAAAUCAGGUACAAACUGGGCGAUGGAGAUGGUGCCACUGGUUCUGUCUGGAGGGGACUCCAGUCUGGUGGACUCGGUGGCCACAUGGGAGCGCAGUGCCGGGAUCGGACAUGUGCAGGUCCUCGGCAGGGACCUGGAGAACAGGCCCUCCCCACGAUUCUUUGCUACGCACUACCACUACCAUGCCCUGCCCAAGUCCUUCUACCAAGUCAAACCCAAGGAUCUGCCGCAGGUGGUGAGAAGGACGGCUGAGUUCCUGGAGAAGCCCCUGGACGAGGAGCAGGUAGACAGGAUCGCAGACAGGUGCUUGUUUAAGAACAUGAAGAAACACAACAACAAAGCACCCGCCGCCAUCGACCACUCCAAGUUCUACAGGAAAGGAAUUGCUGGUGACUGGAAGAACCAUCUGUCAGAGGAGGAGGUGCAGCACUUUGACUCUGUAUACAAAGAGAAAAUGAAAGAUGUUGAUUUUAAGUUCCCGUGGGAUUAAAACGUUUUGUUCUCCAAAACAUUUCACUUUUAAUUUCUUUUUUUUUUUUUUUUUUUGGGUGGCACUUUUUAAUGCACAUCAAUUACAAAUCAACUCUAAAAUAGUUUCUUCUUGAAGGUGCUUACAGUGCACUUCCUGACCUCAAUAUGACCUCCUUAUCCAAUAUAUCUGAGCAAGAACAACUAGCAUGCUAACAGUGAUACACCAGCCGCUCAUUGACUUUUAUUUAUUUCACAUUUUUCUCCGAUCAAAGUGCAUGUUACAACCCGACAGAGCCUCGUCAAGAAUAUCAAUUCGAAAUAAUGACACAGGUUUGACACGAAACAAGCAAAGAAAGCGGCUCAUCUGUACAGUUCGAUCUGCAG